CUGUGCUAAAUGACGAUGGCCUUGAUGCUCCGAGAAAAGAAACGUUAAAGUACACGAGAGUCUUAGAACGGACUUAAAACACACCCUGCUAAGACCUCUUCCAAAUCCAAAGAAGUGUUUUGUUCUCGGUACCGAUGAUAUUAAGUUAGCAAACAGGAUAUUGAAAGUCUCUACAUGUGUCUUUGAUUGUUGUUGCUCGACAAUCUGGAUUCCCGAGGCGUGUUCAGGACCGGAGAUGUCGGGUUUCCGGUCUUAAAUUGAAUCUUGGACCUGCCUCGUUUAGAAUGACGAAUUGCAGUUACACAGCGAGUAAUGGGACCUUUUUUAGUCUUCAGUGUGUUAAUUUCUGUUGCAUGGGAGAAGAUGUUAAUUAUUGUUCAUCUUCAACUUGUUCAAGCACUUCAUCGUCCGAAGACAAUCUACCAGUAUUAUUUUGGGGAAUCCUGGGAGGUAUAUUCGCCAUAGGAAUUAUUCUGAUUGCAGUUACCUACGUAAUAUGCCGAUUCCGAUCUCCAAAUAGCUGCACAAAAAGUUAUACAGAUGACGAAAUGUUUGAUGAAGAAUCGAUGGCGUCACAAAGAAGACGGUCUUCGUUAUUUGUCACCAAAUAUUUUAUGCGACGAGAGAGUAUUUGGAGAUUGAAAACUAGGAGAAAAUCUCAGCUGACUGUAAAAGUUCACGGGAAUCAUGCCAGCACAAGUAAACCAGUCGUAUCAGAACAUUUGACAAAAAACAACCAUGUGAAAAGUGGACGUGUACAUUUAAGUAGCAGAGGAGGUGGCAACAAAAACCCAUCAUCAGGACUACCUGAAGUUGUUGAUUGAUUUUUUUCAAAAUAGAUAAAUAAUAAUUUUUAAACUUAUCUCAGAGUUUAAAUUGAAUAAACAUGCCC